AUGCCAGUGAACGAGAAGUCAGGAUCAGUUAGCUCCAGUGGAUACGAAAGAGGUUCGACAGAAGACCCAUCGAUGAGAACGGUCUUGAACAGUCCAACGACAAGCACAUCGAUGAGGUCGCCAACGUUUCAAGGACGGUCGAGUUCGAGAAGAGUACUUCGUCUCAAAUGCCCCAUCUGUAAUGAGUAUCCUGAUGGGUUCCGCAGUGAACACGAGCUGCGUCGGCACACCAACCGCGUCCACAAGAAGAUCCGUACAGUCUGGGUAACCGUCGACACAUCACCCGACAAAUCGUUCCUGGCAAACUGUAAAGCAUGCCAGACAGGCAAGAGGUACAACGAGUGCUACAACGCAGCAAGUCAUCUGCGUCGGAUGCACUUUCAUCCUCACAAGCGCGGAGAAAGGAGGAUGAGUGACACCGACGUAAAUGGCCGGCUCGACCCGCCCAUGGAAGUGCUGAAGGCGAACUGGCUGAGAGAGGUGCAAGAGGUUGUUGGAGAGGAUGAGGACGAACAACUCGAAAGCGAAAAGAUCCAGCCGAAUCCACCUCGACAUCUACCGCAUCCUCAGGCGUACCCAGGGCCUAUAAAGAGGGAUGGCAAAGCUCCAGUGACGCCCACGACACCGUCGACACGAAUGGCAAUCGACAGCCUUGUCGACUAA